UGGUGCGCUGACCUGCCCUGCGGGGCGCGCGCCAAGGUGAGCUACCUCGGCGACCUCGUGGAUCACGAACGGGUCUCUGCAUGGCCGUCGAGGCGCGAGGAGGACGGCGAGGUUGUCGAUUCGCACUUGUACUGGGUGCUCUCGCCGGACGGGGACCUGUGGGAGGAGCUUCUGUCGGGAGCCUCCCCGGCCGACGGCCCCUCCGGCGGCGAGCGCCUGGCAGCCGACGCCGCUCCGCCCGCGGGAAACUGCAAGCUCUACGGCUUCAGGGAGAGGCUCACGCUGAAUCGGCUGGUGGAGCUGGCGGAGGAGUGCAGGGCUGCGAUGGAGGUUCGCGGGCAGACGCCCGCAGAGGCGCCGGCCAGGAUCGAGCUCCCGUCGGGUGUCCUGCUGGACAUUGGCGAGGUGUUCCCGUGGGCCCCACCGCCGCGCGUGCCCGCCUUGCCGGUGCGCCCUCUCGCGGGCAGCGACGCGGGCGACGCCCUGGCCGCGGCCCCUGCGGGGGCGCCCACGCCUCCGCCAGAGGGCCACGUGUGGGCCUUGGCGGAGCCCGCGCCUGGGCUGCCGAUCGGCUCCAUCGCGGACGCCUCGACGGAGAUUCUGGGAUCGACGCCCUCUGGCACCGGCGCGGCCGAGCAUGGCGAGUGGAGCAGAUGCCAGAGGCUGAGGUGGUCGACUGGACGUCUCGUCGCGUGGAGGAGCUGCGCCGCCUCUUGGAGAUGGCGCCGCCGGCCGCUGCUCCUGGCGAUGGGCCCCUGGCCCUCGGCGCCGGACCUGCUCCAGGCGGAGAUGCGCUACCGCCAGGGCCAGGCGUCAGAGGAGCGAAGCGGCGACGACACGAGAACCCUCUGGGUCGAGUGGGACGACCUGGGAGAGCGGUUCAAGGAGUUCAGGAAGGCUAUCAACGAGUCGGCGCUCGAGGAGGCCGGCUGCUUCGACCAGCUGAGCCUUGGCGGCCUCGCCUGCCUCGAGGUCGUCGCCCGCCGGCUCAACGCCAUCGUGGACGCCUACAAGCGCGGCGGGGCCCCGUCCAUCGCCAACGCCAAGUACCUGACGCCGCUUGGCGAGGCGGACGAGCUGCCGGCACCGGCCCGCCGCGCCAAGGAGGACUGGGAGGUGGAGCAGUCCAUGAAGAAAGCGGAGGUCUCAGAAUUUGUGAACCGCGCCUUGGCCAGCCUGAACUGGAUGGCCGGUUUCAAGGGCGCGUCGUCGACACCGCAGCCGGGCGCCUCGACCCUGGCCAAGCACGCAGCCCUUCAGCAGCAUUUGUGGCGCGAGGCUCAUCGGCGCCAGGCCGCAGCCCCCCCGACGCUGCCCAAGGCGGAGGCAGCCCUCAGAGAGUUGCUCCGGGGGCAGUCCGUGUACGAGACGGACGUCGCCCCGAGGAACCUCGUCUCCUACCAGCCUGGCAAGGUCUCGCUUCCCGAGAGCGCGCUGGAGCGCCGCUUCCUAGAGGGCAUCGCGAGCCCCGACUGCCGUCUCUUUCUGGAGGAGGAUCAGAAGCGAACGAGGUUGGAGCCGGAGGCAGUUGACUUCGACAGCAUGCCGUGUGUCUACAUGGACCCUAUGCUGAAGAGGAAUUCCAAGUGCCACCGCAAGUUCGCGCGGGAUCUUGCUAGACGUGGACUUAUUGGAGUGACUUCGAGGCCCGCCGAGUCGGCGGGCAUCUUCUUCGCGGCGAAGUCGGGCGGCGCUCUUCGGCUGAUCAUCGACGCGAGGCGCAGCAACGGCCACUUCAGAGCGCCGCCAUGCGUGCGACUUCUGAGCAGCGAGGGGUUCGGGCGCAUCGAGGUCGAGCUGCCGCCCAGGAUCCACCCCUCCUCCGAGGAGGGCCGCCGCUUGCUGGACGCCUUCUCCGUGCAUGUGACCACGACCGACGUCAAGGACUGCUUCUACAGGAUGCGUAUCCACGAGGACCUCGGCCGGCACUUCUGCCUGCCGGCCGCCCCUCGGCACGCGCUCGAGGGGCUGCCGGUCGCCGGCCUCCCCACCGAGGCGGCUUCGGACGCGAUGGUGCACCCCUGCCUGGGGGCCCUGCCGACGGGCUUCACGCGGCCCUUGCACCUGGCCCAGGCCGCCAACGAGGACAGGGUCUGCCGGAGCGUCAGCCUCCAGGAGGCGGUGCCGGCCGGCCGAGAGCAGCCCCUGAUACAGGACAAGGCGGAGGCUUUCGUGCUUCGCGCCUCGGCUCGAGGCGAGGGCGGGGCCUACGUCUACGUCGACAACUUGGGCGCCGUCAGCGGCGACGUCGCCCUCAGCGACAGGACGGUGUCCGAGUGGAGCGAUUUGUUCGAGCCGGUCGGGCUGGCCCUCCACAAGUCGGAGCCCCACGGCGGCUGGGGGGAGGCCCUCGGCACGGAGCUCGACGGGGGCCGCCUCCGGUCGACCGCGACGUCGGCCCGCUUCUGGAAGCUGGAGCGCGAUGGGUGGAUCCCUUGGAACCCGCGUGUCCUGGAGACCGACGCCAGCCUGGCGGGCUGGGCGAUGGCUCAAAGUUUCUGGGACCCCUCGCAGGUGGCCCGCGUGGGCCGCGUCUGCGAGCGAGCUCGGUCUACACGCGUUGGCCCCCACUCGGCUCGGGAGUCCGCACUCACCUCCACCCACCUCUUCCGCGAUGAAGACGGCGAGUGGAGAAGCAGCAUUGUCGGGGAUGAGCGUCGCCUUGGCGACUGGGAGGUCGCGGCGGAUUUCCCAGAGGUCCUUUGGCAGCUCCUCCGCGCCUCCGCAUGGAAGACGCCUCGAAAGGGCGUCUGGGCCUUAGAGAAGGGCAUCUUGGUGGUGGAGGCCCGGGCCCUGGCGAAGGCUAUGCGCAGGCUCGCUCGAACCAGGCACGGCGCCUGCAUCAGACAGCUCUUCAUGCGCGAUAACAUGGCCGUUGUUCUCGCCUUCGCCCGUUCGAGGAGUCACGACUUUAAGUUGCUAGCCCAGAUACGUCGCUUCAAUGCGCGCGCCCUGGCCCUCGGUAUCGCCCCGUACUUCAGGCCAGACGCGAGACCUGCCGCGUGCUCGAAGGCGCUGCCGGCCGCGAAGGUGAGGAGCGUUCGGGCCCGCCUGGAGACAGGCUCUGCGAUGCCACCGCUGCCUGCCCCGCUGACGCUCACCGACCUCGCGCCCGAGGCCUCCGCCAGCGUAGACGCGGCGGACGGCGAGGGCGAGCUCGACACGAGCGGCUCCGACAGCGUCGCGAACCAUGCGAGCGCGGCUCAGCGGAGGCCCCGCGUCCUCCAGGACUCCCGGCGCCGACGGCGAGCGGCGCCUUACGCGGACCUGAUCACGCAGGGCAAUUUGGAGGGGGGAACGUUGCUGGAGCGCCUGGCGGCGACGCGCCGCACGAGGGACCGCCACGCCAAGUAUCUCGAUCCCUUUUACUCGCAUGCAGGCCUGACCGACGAGAAGCUGGCGCAGGCCAAGGACGAGCACGUGGACUGCCUCCUCUGCGACUACUUCACCACGAUGUACCUUGCGGGCGAGCAGAGCAGCCUCGGGGACCAGACCGGGGCCGCGCUGCUGGACAGGCACCCGACUUUCGGCCGUUGGGGGGGUCGGACCUUGCCGCGCACCUGGCGGGCUCUGAAGGCCUGGAGGCGGCUGACGCCGUCGCGCACCCGCUGGGCCUUGCCCCUCGCAGUCUGGGCGGCCGUGAUGUGGCGCCUGGUGGACAAGGGGCUUGCGCUCAUGGCCCUGUUCCUGGCGGUCGGCCUCUCGGCCUAUCCGAGGCCAUCUUCCUUCCUGGCCGCUCGGAAGUGCGACCUGGCGCCUCCGUCUCGUGCAGCGGUGGACAGCUGGGACCUCCUCACACACCCGGAGGAGGAAGGCAGGCCGAGCAAGACGAAUCGCUACGACGAGGGAUGCCUGCUGGACUCGAGCUACCUGCGAGGUCUGGGCCCCCUCUUCGCCCAUCUGCGAGCUGCCGGAGGGGCGGAGAAGCUGCGGCCGUUCAACUACCUGGAGCUCUCGGAGGCCGCGUCGCUGGCCGCCGCCGAGGUCGGCGCUGGGAAGAUAACUUUGUACCAACUGCGUCAUUCAGGCGCCGGCAUCGACGUGGGCCGGCGUGCACGGACGUUCGAGGAAGUCCGACGCCGCGGAGGCUGUGCCCAGGCGCGGAGCAUGCACCGGUACGAGCACAGCAGCCGCCUCAGCGCCGAGUACGAGCGCUACCCGCCAGACCAGAGGGGGCUGCACGAGUCCUGCGAAGCUCACCUCAUGCAGAUCAUGCUGGGCCUUGCUCAUCCAGUCUGCUUCCGUCAGGAGAUGUUGGCCUGGCAGGCCCGCGCUCCAAGCUGA